UCAAAAAAAAAUGUAUUUCUUUUCAUAGAUUUUCCAGUUUUUCAAGUUUUAAAUAUUCCCAAAAUUCUCUGUCAACUUUUAUGAGGCUGCUGUCGUUGCAGCUGUUGCUGGCCAUGCUCCAGCUUGCCAGCGGCUACAAUUAUUGCCGCAAUGAGAGCCAUUUGUGCAACAUGGCCAAAAGGCGGCAUUUUAUAUGCAAUGUGGACUCUGAACUGCAUCCACUUUUUUACAGGGCGAAAUUUUUGGCUAUCGUUCCGGACACGUUGCCAUUCCGCAAGCUCAUCUUAGACUAUCACAAUAAGUAUCGGAAUAUGGCGGCUGGUGGCGAGUUGGUCACGGAUGGCAAUGAAACCUUUCCGGCUGCCUCACGCAUGCGUGAGCUCAUCUGGGAUCUGGAGCUGGCGUAUAUGGCGCGCGUGCAUGCCUCCACGGUGUCCUUCAAGCACACGAUAUGCCGUUCCGUUGUGCGUUUUCCGCAUGCCGGUGAAAAUCUGAGCAUGGUUCUUGCCAAAAAGAAACGUUUCUCAGUCAAAGAGUUGCUGGACUUGGCGCUAUUCCCCAUGUUCGAGGAAUAUAGAACGGUUCGUGAUCCCGUUGAUCUGCUCAAAGAUUUCGACUCUAACAGCCAUCACCUUGUGGGCCACUUUACGCUGAUGGUGAAUGAUCGAGUCUCUAGGCUGGGCUGCGCCUUUGCCAUAGCCACAAAUUGUGAUAAGAAUAACACAGAUGACUUUUGUCACUUUAUGACCUGCCAUUACGAUUUUAUCAAUAUGGAGGGUUCGUAUACUUAUAAGAUUGGCAAUGCAGCCAGCAAUUGUGGCACCUGGGGCACCUGGCCUAGUUCCAAGUAUCGCAACCUGUGCACCAAUAACGGCGAAAUAUUUCCCAAGGAUCAUGAUGAUAAUGACAGCAAGCUCCACAAUGUGGAGUAAUAUUUAUAUAUUAUAUUCUGGCAUUCCCUGACCAAAUUGGAGGAAUGUGUAAAAUGAUUGUAAUCAUGUUUAAAUUGUUUUUUAUAAUAUAUUUU